AUGGGGCAGGAUCCAUCUAAUGGUAAUGACCUAAAUGUGAAUAACAUUCCAGGGUACCAACGUACAACCUCUUCUAUAUAUAAUUUGAUUCAUUCUUCUAAUAAUAGCAACUUACGUGCUCAAGAAGGUGUAUCUGAAGAAAAUGGUACUAUGAAUGGCUCUACAACAAAUAAAGACAAAAGUUUCAAUAUAAUACCACAGGGACAAAAUUUUAAUUCAUAUUACAUGGGUGAUACAAAUAACAGACCAAUGCUACCAAGUCUACCAAAACCAAAUACAUCACCUCCUCAAGGUAGGACUAUAUCCCAACAUUCUAACAUUUCAAUUCCAAAUCUGCCACCUUACGAUAGAAGUUCAUCAAAUGAUAACACUUUAAAUACUCUACUUCACAAAGAUGGCCAUGAUACACCUUACUAUAAACACCUUAACAAUCUAAGUAGAGUUCCCUCCACACUUUCUAAUUUCAAACCUACUCCAUUUUCAACGGAGUCACCACAAUCUACAAGAACAUUUCCUAUUCCAAAUUCAUUGCAACCUGGUACGAACGCUAAUCAAAACUUUAUGAAGACAGAUAAUAAAAACGGCGAACUCCCAGGUCAAAAUACAAGCAUCCCGUUUGUAACGGCCCAGCAUCCGACUAAUGAAAACCUACAAUAUGCAUAUAACGAAUCAACGAACGUAACAAACAUUGCAUCUUCCAACGAAUCAUCCCGAAAUAACACCAAUGCAUCAUCGGCAACUACAGCUACAAACACAACAACUACUGCAUUCAAACCAACGACAAAGUCAAAAAUUAAUAAUACCUUGUUAGCAUCAAGAAGAAACACACAAGAACUAGUGGCUAAAUCGAUUGCAGAAAAAUAUUUAGACAAGCCAAUCUCAGAAUACGCUUCUGUUGUGAAGGAAGCUGAACUAGAUGUCUUACAUAUAAAUCCAGCAAUUCAAUCAAAGGCUUCAAUUCAGGUGUUGGAACAGAAAAAAGAAAGAGAAAGACAAGUGUAUGCGUUACUUUGGUUGAUGAAAAACUGUGAGUCCCAACAUGACAGUUAUGUACCAAGAGGGAGAAUCUUUGCCCAAUAUGCAUCUUCUUGCGCUCAGUAUAAUUUGAAGCCUUUAUCUCAAGCAUCCUUGGGAAAACUAAUUAGAACGGUUUUUCCUGGAUUAACAACAAGACGACUAGGUAUGAGAGGUCAAUCGAAGUAUCAUUACUGUGGUUUAAAACUUAUUAAUUCUGAUGGAAAUGAGAAUUAUGAUGACGAUACAGAUACCAGUAGUGUUAAUGUGAGCCCGUCCCUGAGUAAACCAAAUUCGCCAGAGGCUGUGGGCGUAAAAUUGGAAGUUUCUGAUCCACCUUUAUCGAUAAAAUCUGACAACAUAAGCACUGAAAAACCCAAGAAGCGUAAAAAUAAUAUCACUGAGGAUUCUAAGGUAAGCACACCAAUUAACAAAAAGAGCAGAUCUGACUUGCAGAGGAAUAACGAAACGAAGGAGCCGAUCGUGGCACCUGAUAAUGCUUCAAUUUCUUUACACAAUGUUUUACCAAAUAUCUUUAAAAAUGAGGUUGUUUUAUCUAAGUUGUACAAGCUUUCUUUACCACCAAUUCCAAAAAUGUUACUACCAAGUAAUAUUGAUCAAGAUAUGAUAUCCUCCUUAGAAUCUCUGUACCAUAUUUAUUGCAACAAGAUAUUUGAUAAUAUAAAGUACCUGAGGUUCGAUUCCCUUUCUACAAAUUUGUUGUUUUUCCAUACUGGGUCUGUUUCUCCUCAGAUGUACAAUCUACUGAUAUCAGAAGAAUUAAAUGAUUGGAUUGCCCAAUGUGAUAGAAUUACUCAUAUUUCAUUAGCCAAGUAUCUUUCUAAUCUCGUCCUUGAUAAAACAAAACCGUCUGAAACACGUAAUAACACGGUCAAGUCUCUAGAGAGCUUUGUUAACACUUAUCCAAAGCAAAUUUCUGAUUUGACGAUGGAACUUCCUACAACUUUACGAAACUCUAAAACAAAUACAGCCAAAGAUUUUACAUCUCUUAUGAAAAAACUUCUGAAGUUAGACAAGUUUAUAAUAAAAUUUUUGAACAGUUUCCAAGCAUUUAAGGGUGAUAUGCACCGGGAUUGGGAUACCUUAAAUUUAGAAGACAUAUACGAUAUGGUUAGCACAGAUAAGCAUCAUGAAGUAUGCAAAGAUAUCAAGGAUUUUUUGCAUGGCAACAUCACAUUAUUAUUUAAGGAAGUUCCAUCUGGAAGUGACAACUCCUCAGAUGGUACCGAAAUAAUCGAAGAUCCUUUUAAUACCUUGCUUCUGAAAUUUUUGGAGUUUGUUUCAGAGUCCACUUGUUCUGCUAAUACUUUGAUUAAUAGUUAUAUCAGGUUCACAAACGCCUUGAUUGGUGACAUAUCAUUAAAAUCGUCGGAGAAUUUACUAUUGUGGUUAUUUUUCAAUAAUGUUACUGUCCAACUAUUAAAUUACUCAUUCGAGGCCACAAAAUUCGUCGCAAUUCAUUAG